UGUGAGGGGGCUGUAUUUGUGUGUGUGUCUGCGCAGAAGCUAAAGGAGGGAUCAAGUCUCAGCGCUCGCAGUCAUAUUCACUCAGUUGCUCUGAGUCCGACUGUGUCUCAUUUCUCACACUCUGAGACACACACCCGACAGAGCGAAGUUUAAGGACAGCAAGUCAAUAUUUGACCAGAGGACUGCACAAGAAAGAAGAAACAAUAGACAGAGGAGGAGAAUAAGACGUCUGCCCAUCUACUUUCUUUGGGGGGAACUUUGAACUUGGACACGAGGACGUGAAGAGUUUUUUUUCAACACAGGUGGAUACAAAGUUUUCCCAAACUCCGGGGUCAAGCAAAGCAAAAAAAGGGGAAAUCUAUUUUUUUUUUUAUUUAUUGUUGGACUUUUGGACUUGGAUUGGGCGAGAGAACACUAAGAGGGAGGAGAUGGGGAGAUGGAGGUUACAUCUCUCAGUGGGGCUCGGGCUUCUAGCUGUCCUGUUGACCUGCUGUUAUGCUGAAGUGAACUACUGCUUCGCUUCCAGGGCCAAGACCUGCUCUCAAUGUCUGCAGGCCGGGAAAGGCUGCGCCUACUGCCCAGACGAGACCUUCAAUGGGCCUCGCUGUGACCUGUAUGAGAAUAUACUUGCCCAUGGCUGCUCUGCUGCAGCUGUCAUUACGGCUGCAAGCAGUAUGAAAAUAGAGAAAAACCAACAAAUCAACAUGAAGCUUCAGCAGUCGCAGGUGUCUCCACAGCAGAUGAGCAUGACCUUUCUGCCAGGAGAGGAGAAAAUGGUGGAUGUGGAGGUGUUUGCUCCAACCAAAGGCCCGCUGGAUCUUUAUAUUCUUAUGGACUUCUCAAACUCCAUGGCUGAUGAUUUGGACAACUUGAAAAGAAUGGGCAAAGAACUAGCUUUACUGGUGGAGAAGCUGUCAGAUGAUUACACAAUUGGAUUUGGAAAGUUUGUGGACAAAGUGAUCGAGCCCCAGACUGACAUGAGACCCAUAAAACUUGCUCAGCCAUGGCCCAACAGCGACCCUCCAUUCUCUUUUAAAAAUGUCAUCAAGCUGACAAAAGACUUGAACUUCUUCAACAGUGAGCUGCAGAAAGAGAGAAUAUCUGGCAACCUGGAUGCUCCUGAAGGAGGGUUUGAUGCCAUAUUACAGGCUGCAGUGUGUACGGAUCAGAUCGGUUGGCGUCAACACAGCACCCAUCUCCUGGUUUUCUCCACUGAGUCAGCCUUUCAUUACGAGUCUGACGGUGCUAAUGUGCUGUCGGGCAUUUUACCGCGCAACGACGAGAAAUGCCAUUUGGAUGAAAAUGACAGCUACACAGAGGAUAUAAAUCAGGACUACCCCUCAAUUCCCACACUGAUCCGUCUGCUGGGAAAACACAACAUCAUCCCCAUCUUCGCUGUCACUAACCACUCCUACACAUACUACAUGAAACUCGAAGAAUAUUUCCCCAUUGCUGAAGUUGGUCUACUGCAAGAAGACUCCUCCAAUAUCCUACAGGUCAUGGAGACUGCCUUUGAGAAUAUCCGUUCUAAGAUGAGCAUCCGUGCAGAGGAGAGACCUAAGGCUUUCGAGGCUCAGUUCUUGUCCACCAGUGGACGAGUUGCAGAAUAUGGGGCCUUUGAUUUCAAGCCUGGAGCGAUUGGCAAGUUCAAGAUGCGGCUCAAAGCCCAGCGAAUGAUCGAUGAAGAGCCUGUCUGUCAGAUGGAUCCAGAUGAAAAAGAAGGGACAAUGAGAGUCAAACCUACAACCUUUAACGCUGCCGUUAACGUGAAGGCCUCGGUUUUGUGUCCGACCUGCGACUGUGAGAAGACUCCUAUCACUAAAGCAGCCAGAUGUCACGGCAACGGAGACCUGGUGUGUGGGAAGUGUCAGUGCUAUGACGGCUGGUUGAGUACCUUCUGUAACUGCUCAGCAAGUGCUUCAGCUCUGGGCGCUAACCAGUGCACAGCUCCAGGUAUAUCGGAGCCUUGUUCAGGCCGUGGAGACUGUCUGGAGUGUGGAACCUGUGUGUGCUAUAAUCCAGAUCAGUUUGAAGGUCCCUACUGUCAGUACGACAAGACCCAGUGUAAUAGAUAUGGAGGCUUCCUCUGCAAUGACCGUGGUUCUUGCAUUAUGGGUCAGUGUGCGUGUACUGAGGGCUGGGAGGGCAAUGCCUGUGAGUGUCCCAAGAGCAACCAGACCUGUCUAGAUGCCAAGGGGGGUGUCUGCAACGGACGAGGUAAAUGUGUGUGCGGCCGUUGUGAAUGUCCAGACUCUGGUAUCGAGAUGACUUCAACCUGUGAGCCAAACUUCCAGGCCCAGUUAGGUGUGUGUGAGGCUACGAGAAGUUGUGUCCAGUGUCAAGCCUGGAAGACGGGGCAAAAGAAGGAAAAAGAAGAGUGUGAAAAGUGCCCCUUCAAAAUUGUCCUGGUAGAUGAACUAAAAGAAAAGGAACAAGUGAUGGAUUCAUGUAGUUUCCGUGAUGAGGAUGAUGACUGUACAUUUCACUACACUGUGGAAAACCCUAAAGAUCCGACGGUUAAAGACUUGGAGGUUCAGGUGCUUGAAAAGAAAGAUUGUCCCCCUGCUAGUCUCCUGUGGUUGCUGCCGCUCCUCUUGUUCCUCUUGUUGCUGUUGGGACUUCUGCUGCUCUGCUGCUGGAAAUACUGUGCCUGCUGCAAAUCCUGCUGUCAGAGCUGUCUUGCCCUGCUGCCUUGCUGUCGGAGAGGUCGUAUGGUAGGCUUCAAGGAAGAUGAGUAUUUGCUCCGUCAGUCUCUGCUCACCUCAGACCAUCUGGAUACACCAAUGGUGAGGACUGGGCCACCCAAAGGAACUGAUGUGGUUCGCUGGAAGGUCACAGAUAAUGUGCACCGUGCACCCAAUCACCCCCAGGUUCUGAUGAAGCCUAACCCCAAGGAGACCAUCCAGUACCCGGUUUCCCUCCGACUAAACAGGCUGUUCUCUGAGAACCUGUCUCGCCCUGAAUCCAGAGACUCUGAACAACUCCGCAAGGAUGUGGCUGAUAAUCUAAAUGAGGUGUACAAGCAGAUUCCUGGGGCACAGAAGGUGCAAAAGACCUCAUUCAGAAUGCAGAGAAAUGCCGGAAAAAGGCAGGACUUUACCAUCAUGGACACCGUCUUGUCUGCUCCUCGCAGCAGCUACCCAGAUAUUGUCAAACUCACUGAGAAGAAUGUCCAGUCUGGAAACUUCCGUGACCUCAAAGUGGUGCCAGGCUAUUACACUGUGGCCACAGACAGAGAGGCUGCAGGAGCCAUAGAAUUCCAAGAAGGUGUGGAGUCAGUAGAUGUUCAUGUGCCACUCUUUGUCAAGGAUGAAGAUGAUGACAAGAAGCAGCUGCAGGUGGAGGCCAAAGAUGUGCCGCUAGGCAUUGCAGAGAUUGGAAAACGUUUCGUUAACAUCACCAUCAUCAAAGAGCAUGCUUCCAGUGUCUUCUCCUUCCUCCAGCCGGCUUACAGCUACAGCAGGCAGGAUGGAGUCGCCAACAUCCCAAUCAGCAGAGAGAUCAUUGAGGAUGGACGCACACAAGUCAGCUACCGUACACGGGAUCUGACAGCCAAGGAUAAGAAGGACUAUGUGACUGUAGAAGGAGACCUGGCCUACGGUCCUGGUGAGACCCAGAAGUUAGUUCCUGUCCGUCUGCUGGAGCUGGGAGAGGGAGAUGGCCUUUUGGAAGACAAACAGGUCAAGCAGUUUGUCAUGGAUCUCAGCAACCCACGGCAAGGGGCCAAGCUGGGACGCUACCCAAGAACCACUGUCACAAUCACAGACCUGCCAGAUCCCAGUGUGAUGAUGUUCAAGAAUGGCGUCCAGAGUUUCACCACAUCAGAUCCAACCUUUACCAUCCCUGUGGUCCGCACUGGUAACCAGGACAGUCCUACCACAGUGAAAUGGCGUGCCAAGAAGGGCCAGCCAUCUGGCACUCUGAAGUUUGCUCCGAGAGACACAAAGAAGGACAUAGUGAUCGACCCCAAAGCCUACCCUGGCCUGAAUCAGCCAGGAGAAUUUCAACUGGAGCUGUUUGAUCCGAGCAGCAAUGCUUCAGUUGGAGAGAGAAAAACCACUCUUGUCAAGGUCACAGAUAACGGUCCAAGAUCUCCAGAAUUUGCACAGCUGACACAGAAGGGCUACAUAAACCAGAAGUGCACCUCCCCUGGCGGUCACCUUCCCUCCCCCGAAAACCUUCAAGCCAAAGCAACUGGACCCAAAAACAUCCACCUCAACUGGGACCCAUUACCUGGUAACCCCAUGGGGUACAAGGUGAAGUAUUGGAUCUAUGGUGACCAAGAGAAAGAUGCCCAGGUCUUAGAUGUAAAGACCCCUCAAGCCAACUUAACGAAUCUGUACCCCUAUUGUGACUAUGAGAUGCGAGUGUGUGGCUACAAUGUAAUGGGAGAUGGCUAUGAUACUGACAUUGUUUCCUGUCAAACACUAGAGGAUGUGCCUGGUGAACCUGGUCGUCUUGCCUUUAACGUCAUCAGUCCAACUGUCACUCAGCUCAGCUGGGCAGAGCCUGCAGAGACCAAUGGCAACAUUACAGCUUAUGAGGUCAUCUACACACCCAUUGAUGAUGACCUGAAGCCAGUGGGAGCAGCUAAGAAAGUGAAGAUUGACAACCCGAAGAAACGAAUGCUGUUGAUUGAGAACCUCAAGGAUGCCCAAACCUACCAAUACAAGGUCCGUGCCAAGAACAGUGUAGGCUGGGGCCCCUUCAGGGAUGCUAGCAUCAACUUGGCAUCGCAGCCUACCAGACCUCUGUCUAUUCCCAUCAUUCCAGACAUCCCUAUUGUAGACAAUGAGGCAGGAGAUGAGUAUGACGGCUACCUGAUGUACAGCGAUGAUGUGCUGAAGACACCUGCAGGCUCCAAGACACCCAGUGUCUCUGGUGAUGGCUGGAAAUAUGUCAAGUUGGUGGGGUCCAACCUGGAUCUCCGUAAGGUGUCCUGGAAAAAGCGAGUGGAGGUCAUCCCCCAUCGGCUCAGCACAGAUACAGAGGCGAGUUCAGAUGAGGCCCCCUGCCCCAGCCGCACCCAAACACCCUUGCCAGAUUACAUGAUGAACGGGAAGUGGGACCAAAACUUCCUUUUCCCAGGAGGUUCAACGACACGCAACUUGUCAGCAUCAUCGUCACCAGUGUCCACUCUGAGCUCAAACUACAGAGGGGGAGGCAGCUCCUUCACCACGGAAACAACCACCACCUACAUGUCCGGACCAGGAGGCUCUCGCAGACAGGACAUAAUCGGAGGAGGGGUUCACACAUCUGAGGUCAUCAUGAGGGAGCGUUCAGAGAACAGAGGUUACACAGAUGAAAAUAUCCGUGACUCUAUUGUCAUGGGAGAUAUGCCAAGCAAGUUCCCAGAUCUAGGUGGGUUCGGCUACGCUGGGAUGCAGAGCACCUCUCAGAGCCGGUUCAGCUACAGCCUGUCUCAGGGUUCGAGGGCCAGGACCCAGUCUUCAGACAUCCAUGAAGCUUUGUAUAAUCUGGACAGGGUGCUCCAAGAUGCCCGGCUCUCUCCCGGUGUCCCGGACACGCCCAGCAGACUGGUGUUUUCUGCUCUGGGACCGACUGCUCUCAAAGUCAGCUGGCAGGAGCCCCACUGUGAGAAAGACAUCCUGGGCUACUGUGUCCUCUACCAGCUGCUCAAUGGAGCUGAGAUGAAGCGUGUUAACGUAACCAACCCAGCAGAGAACUCUGUGAUCAUCCAGGACCUGCUGCCCAACCACUCCUACCUGUUUAAGGUGAAGGCUCAGAGCCAGGAGGGCUGGGGUCCAGAACGAGAGGGAGUCAUCACCAUUGAGUCCGCUGUCGACCCAAAGAGCCCCCUCAGCCCCAUGCCAGGCUCGCCGUUCACUCUGAGCACUCCCAGUGCUCCAGGCCCUCUUGUGUUCACGGCUCUGAGCCCUGAUUCUCUGCAGCUCAGCUGGGAGAAACCUCGCAAACCCAACGGAGACAUCCUGGGCUACGUGGUCACCUGUGAACAGCUGCAUGGUGGAGGAGAUGUGCGAUCCUUCCAGGUGAACGGCGACAGCACUGAGACCAGCCUGACUGUUCCAAACCUGACUGAGAAUGUUCCCUACAAGUUUAAGGUCCAGGCUCGAACCACACAGGGCUUCGGUCCAGAGAGGGAGGGCAUCAUCACCAUCGAGUCUCAGGAUGGAAGUGCUUUGUCUCAGUACAACACCCAGUCCAUGACAAGGAGGGAAGUUUUCCAGAUGCCAACAGAAGUCAGCACGCUAACCAACGUGUCCCACAGCAUGAUCAACGACCCCUAUUUCUCAGAUGGGAUGAUGAUGACCACACAGCACACAGAGACCAGCGGCAUGAUGACGCGUCAGAUCACCAAGGAGGUGGUUCAGAGGAGCGUCAUGGGAGGAACUACCGUCACAAAGAAGAUGUUUUAUGAAUCUUAAGAUCUAAUUCAGCUCCAAAUUAGCAUCCAAAGGUCCAACAUGAUGAGGAAUCCUAUCUCUUUUAAAAAGAGUCAGCUUCAGAGUACUGACCCAACAUCACUGUAUUUUUGGAUAUGUGUGUGGGUGAGAGUCCAACCAAAUAAAAUCCAUUUUAUGUAAUAAAUAGAUGGAGAGGAGGCCGUUGUCUCAUGUCUGUUACAAACUGUGGCCACUUUCCUCCAUAAGUGAGGUUCAGUUUAACGAUUCCAUUUCUUCCUGAUGUGUUUGUCACUGUUGGACUCCACUCCCUCUGUCGGCUCAGAUCUGGUAACACACACUGAGGCUUUAAAGACGUCAACAUGGGCCAGUAAUCUGACUGUGCUUAAGUAAUCCAAAGUGACCUCUCCCCCCCUCUCCUGUCCUACUCCGGCUUGUAAGAGCUAUUUAUUGUGUUUUCUAUAUUUCAGGUUAAACUCAACAAAUUUCAGCCCAUAUUUUGACUGAGCACUCUCUGAGAUGUACCUGUUUCCAGGAGGUUAAUGGUUGUGGAUGCUCUGAUUAGGUUCAGUUUUAUCCAAGUGCUCCUGUCCAGAGUGAUCAGUGGUGUGUUUAGGGCGUUUGUUCAUAGAUUUGUAUUAUAUUAAAGAGUGAUAAAGUUUUUUUUUUUCAAGCAUAUUUAAUACUUUUUAAGAUUUUUACUUAUGCAAACAUUGACUUUAAUCCCAAAUAUAGAGCUACAUGUGCAUUUCCUGCUGUAUUUUACAAUACAGGCGAAUGAUCAAAUGUCUGUUAGAUGUCAUAUGUUUUUGUGUUUCAUAAGUUGUCAACACUUCAUCAGUUUGGUAUUUUCCAUGUGUUUCUUCACUCUGCAAGGCCAUUUUCAGUAGAUUAACAUUUGAACAGUAAGAUAUCUGGGACAAAUGGUGUGUUAUGACAGAAAGACUGUAUUUGCUUCUAUUGCAAGUCCUGCUGUAUUUUGGCUUGAAAACACUUUAAUAAAACACAUUGUAUGAAAACACUUAGCAUGAAAACACGGUAAGUGGAUGAACUUUUCACUAAAAACACCUUCAGUAAAGUAUUCAUGUACUUUUAAUCAACAUGCAUCACUUAUUUUCUGGCAGUCGAGCUUAUUUUUUUGCAUCAUUUCUAUUUUGUAUGUCAUUUCUGUUGCACUUAAUAAAGAUUUGAAAUUUUAAAAAAUUA